CCCUCGUUCUCCCCCCCGCUCCCCUCCUUCGUCUGCACCUCCUCUCUCCCGCCAUGGCUGACAUCAACACCAUCGCGAAGCAGUUCACCGAUUUCUACUACUCCACGUUCGACACCAACCGCGGGAACUUGCAGAGCCUCUACCGCGAGCACUCGAUGUUGACGUGGGAAGGCCAGCAGCUGCUCGGCGCCGCCAACAUCGCGGAGAAGCUGACUAGCUUGCCAUUUGAUAAGGUCCUGCACAAGAUCACAACUCUCGAUGCACAGCCAUCGUCGCUUUCCGUUGCGAGCAUGAUUGUUAGCGUCACCGGACUGCUUGUUGUCGAGGACAACCAGAAUCCUCUGCAAUUCAGCCAGGUCUUCCAGCUCAUCCCCGACGGGGACAGCUACUAUGUCUUCAACGACAUUUUCCGUCUCAACUACGGAGCAUAAUGAAGUCACCCUUGCUUAUGAUCGCCGAUGCAUUACGUGUUAAUUGCAUCUGUUCGCUGGUAGGACAAAUUUGUAGGAAGUUUGAAGAGAGCAGAAGUUGUACCUCACUAUUAAUGUUUCAUGUAAUGUCGUCAUUGUCUUGUUCCGGAAACGUUGAUUGAACCUCAAUCCGUUGCCCGAGGAUGAAAUAUCGGCCUGCAUAAUAUCCGGGAGAAAAGGGCUAGGAACGUAAGAGAGGGAUGAGAGAUACAAAGUAUGAACAGGAACAACACAAAGCUCAGCCGGCGAAGCAACGUCUAGGAUCCAUGUAUACUGGGUAUUAAUAUAGUAGGCAUAUGCAACAGUAUACGACGAAAGAACACCCGCCCUGGAAGCGCCAUCAAG